CCUCAAAUGGCACUUUGGUAUAAAGAUUUUCUGAUAUCAAAGAAAAGAAGCCUUUAAAAUACAACAAAGCCUCUUUUUCUCUGUAACCCUUGUCUAAAGAAGCUUAAAGGAUACAAGAUCCGUUCAACUCUUUUAUCUUCUGCAUCCUAUAUGGGGAUUAUAUGGGUCGAGUUCGGUUUGGUAUCUGCUCAUGGACUGCAGCAUUCAACUUCACUUUGGAAUCGUCAAUGGUAUGCUGUUGGUUGGAUUGAUCAUAACAGCAAAUAUUGCACCAAAGUUGAUGAUUCCGGGAAUCCAAAUCCUGUUUGGAGAACCAAUUUUGCUGUUCCUAUUGACGACUCAACGCCAAACAUCCAAGACUUGGAGCUGAACGUGGAAGUUUACAGUGUAGACCCCAUUUUCUUCAAGGAAAAGCUUCAUGGCUCAACAACGGUUAAUCUGAAAAAGUUUCUUGUCAAGCAAGUAAAGAAUGCAGAGGUUUCAAUGCAGAAACAAGAGGGGGUUCGAAGCUACCAAUUACGAAAGAAGAAAUCCAGUAAACCAAGAGGUUUUAUUGAUAUUUUGAUUUGUAUUUCUGAUGAUGAGAAAAAACCAAAUUCUCACACAGGUAGCAAGGAAGGAACAAUGCUCUUAGAUUAUGACGAUGGUACCCAGUGGACAGCAGAGGAAGGAUUAAGGCAAGCAUACCCACAGAAGCAGUCUCGGGCUUCAAUCCAUCAGUCAGAACAUGAUGAACACACAAACGUGCCAGAUUCCUAUUCAGUGCCAUUUGCCACUGCAGUAUAUUCUGAUCAAUUUGUGGGGGAACCAAGCUACCAUGCAGCAGCUGGACCAAGCUAUCAACCACAUAGAACUAUAACUCCUCCUCGACAAUCCCAACCCUCUAAUGUUGGUUAUAUUCCCACUUUUCUCCCAAGAAAUGAUGGCUUGCCUCCAAGCUUCACAGACAUAUCACCAUCCAGAGACGAACUUGGUCAAAGGAUGCCUCCAGGUCCAGAUGUUGUAUUGGAAAUAAGUGCUGAGGCAUUAGCAGCUGGUGCCGUAAUUUUUGGUGAUGACUUCUUGUCAGGAUUUGAUGUCCUGCAGUCCUAGGAGAUGCUACUGUUAACAUAUAAACUGAUCCUCCUUCCCGAACCAAGCAUUAAUCAGCUUAAGUAAUUAUAUAUGGUUGCGCACAGCCUAUCAGCAAGCCAGUUAUGGUCAUUGUAAUUGUAUAUGGUUCCACAUUCUUAAGAUUGAAAUUCUGUCAAAGAAAAGUGCUGAGUGAUUCAUUUAUUGGUCUGAAAAAUUAAAAUAUUUUAUAACUUUAUAAAU